AUGGCUCCUCGUAGAUAUAGAAAGGGGACACCCCCAGCACGGCAGCCCCAGACCGCAGAGACGAACAAACCAGUCAGCGAGGUCAAGACGCUGGAAGCUCUAGGAGCCGAGCUCCAGCACGAGGUCAAGACGCUGGGAGCUCUAGGAGCCGAGCUCGAGCAGCAAAUCGCCGAGUUUCAUAUCGAAGACGAGGUUGACGAUAACGGAAAAGUCAAGGACGACGACCAGUGCGAUAUUGACGAUACGUACGAUUUUAUCGACUUUAUUAAGGCGAAGCAGGAGAAUAAUGGCGAGUUUAUGAGUCAAUUGACAAAAGACUCGAAAAGAAAGCUCGACUAUAUCGAGUACGAAAAGCGGACACGGAAGAAGCUGAAGGAGCUUGAGGAGCUUGAGGAGCAGGAGCAGCGGGAGCAGCAGGAGCAGGAGCAGCAGGAAGCAUCGUAUAAUUGA